UCGGCAUACGAUAGUUUAUCCUUGAAAGAUGCCAUUCCGACACUUUUCUAUGAGGACGAACAAUCUAUGUUGGCCUACGGGAAACAGAGAAAUUGGAAAUUAGACAAUAAUCGAAUCUACCGUUUUCAAAAGGACACAAAGCAGGAAGAUGAUAUAAUACCUUCUGCCGACGUCUCAAAAGUCAUGCUGGAGUACACCAAGGAACUUGACCAAAUCAUUUGA